ACUCCCUCUCACGACAGACAGACACCUUGGCUUUGGCCUGCCUUGGACGGACGGUCUAAAAAUUUCCCUCUCGCUCCACAUCUUCUCUCUCCUCCCACCGACUCCUCGGACGACGAUGCCAUUGCCGCCGCAGCGCGCGCGGGCCGCGCGCGGCGGCCGGCGCUGCUAGAUCCCAUCAUCACACCCCGCGCGGCCGAGGGAGUGCCCCGUACGUGGACCUUCUUCGUCUCGAUCGAGACGACCAAUGCACGUGCGCGCCCGGCCAGGGCGCGGGAGCGGGAGACGGCCGUGCGCGAGCAGCCGCGUGUCACCGAUGCCGCACCCCGGCGGCGAGGACCCCGACGCGGCGCCCUCCUGCAGCGGCUCCGACAACAGCGAGCCGCAGGACCAGCAGCGCGCGGAGCGGGCGCUCUCCAACGGAGAUCUCUACCUGGGCCAGUGGCGGGCCGGCGUGCCCCACGGCGACGGCAAGUACCUGUGGGCCGACGGAUGCAUGUACGAGGGCGAGUGGCGCCGGGGCAAGGCCACGGGCCGCGGGCGCUUCUCCUGGCCCUCGGGCGCCACCUACGAGGGCGAGUUCCUCGACGGCUUCAUGCACGGCGCGGGGACCUACGUGGGCGCCGCGGGGGACACCUACCGCGGCGCCUGGGCCAAGAACCUCGAGCACGGCGCCGGCGAGAAGCGCUACGCCAACGGCGACUGCUACGACGGCGAGUGGCGCGCCGGGCUCGCGGACGGCUGCGGCCGCUACACGUGGCGCGACGGCACCGAGUACGCCGGCGGCUGGCGCGCGGGGCUCAUCCACGGCCGCGGCGCCCUCGUCUGGGCCAACGGCAACCGCUACGACGGCGGGUGGGAGGGCGGACGCCCGCGCGGACAGGGCACCUUCCGCUGGGCGGACGGCAGCCUCUACGUGGGGUUCUGGGGCCGCGAGGCGCCCGGCGGUGCCCUCCACCAGAAGGGCGUCUACUACCCGACCCCAGGGGCGGCCGCGGGCGACGCCAGGACGCGCGACCCGAGGGAGGUUUUCGCGAGGGACCUUCCGGAGUGCGUGCGCUCCAGCACGGAGAGCCAGUCGGCGCUGCCGUCGCUGAGGUCGCUCAAAUGGCUGGCGCGGUCCGUCAGUGGGCGCGGGAGCUCAUCGUCCGGCCGCAGCAAUGUCUCCGGUGGGAGCAAUUGGGGCUCGGACGGAGAGGUCAAGUGCGAAAUCCCCGACGACUGGAGGCGCCGAAACAGCACGAGGGAAGGGAGAGGGUUGCCGCCCCCUUCGCCAGCGCCGCACGUAGCCGCCAAGGGUCCGCCGGCCCUGAGGGUGUCCAAACGGCAAGGGGAGACCAUUGCCAAGGGCCACAAGAACUACGAGCUCAUGCUCAACCUGCAACUCGGCAUCAGGCAUGCAGUAGGAAGGCAAGGUCAGGUUAUUUUAGAUCUCAAAUCAUCGGCAUUUGAUGCAAAGGAAAAAGUAUGGACAAAAUUCCCCCCAGAAGGCUCGAAAUACACCCCUCCACACAAUUCUAGUGAUUUCAGAUGGAAGGAUUACUGCCCAAAGGUGUUCCGGACACUGCGCAAGCUGUUCAAGGUUGAUCCAGCGGACUAUAUGCUAUCCCUCUGUGGAGAUGACGCUCUACGUGAGCUCUCAUCCCCUGGUAAGAGUGGAAGCUUCUUUUACUUGACAAACGAUGAUCGAUACAUGAUAAAGACAAUGAAGAAGUCUGAAGUAAAGAUACUUCUGAAGAUGCUUCACGCUUACUACAAUCAUGUCCGUGCAUUUGAGAAUACACUAGUGGCUAAGUUUUUUGGUCUACACUGUGUAAAAUUGGCUGGAGCAAACCAAAAGAAGGUUCGUUUUGUCAUAAUGGGGAACCUGUUCUGCUCAGAUCACACUAUUCAUAGGCGAUUUGAUCUGAAAGGAUCGUCUCUUGGCCGAACAACUGACAAGCCACAGGCAGAGAUUGAUGAGUAUACAACUCUGAAAGACCUUGAUCUUAACUUCAUCUUUCGGUUGCAAAAACAAUGGUUCGAAGAGUUCAGAAGGCAAGUGGACAAGGACUGUGAGUUUCUGGAGCAGGAGAAGAUAAUGGAUUACAGUCUUUUGGUGGGCGUACAUUUUAGAGGUGCCAUUGACAUUGAUGGCGACAAACCUGCAACACCCCGCCUUUCAAGAUGGGAUAGGAAUCACUUUCUUUCUGAUCCAAACAGGUGGUCUAAGAUUAAGCUUGGGGCAAACAUGCUGUCGAGAGCUGAAGUGACAGUCCGCAAGAACGAGAAUGACGUUAUUGGAGAGCCAACCGGGGAGUACUGCGAUGUUAUAUUGUAUUUUGGGAUAAUAGACAUACUUCAAGACUAUGAUAUUGGCAAAAAGAUUGAGCAUGCAUACAAAUCUUUCCAAUAUGACUCAACAUCCAUUUCAGCAGUAGAUCCAAGACAAUAUUCCAGGCGCUUUAAAGAUUUCAUAUACAAAGCAUUCCAAGAAGACAGAGUAGACAGCUGAAAGCAUAUCGAGACUUUUCAGCAGCUGAUGUAGUUUUGAAAGCGAAGGCGAACCUUUCUAGGCCAAAGAUCAAGCUAAGCACACUGCAGCGUGGCAUUUCAUGUACAAACUUGUACGUUGUCAAUAGUCUGCACCAGAUUGGAUUGAUUUCAGCAGCUUCUGCAAAAGGCAUCAUGAUGAUCGAGUUGCUGGAGAACCUGUUGAUCCCUUGCCUUCCAGGAAUCGGAUUGUCUUUCAUGUAAAUAUGAGCAGCUGCGUACAUAACCACGGAAUUCACUCACAUACAAAGCGUAGAUGUAACUUAAAGAUUCAAAUCACACAUACAAACAUGUAACCAAAAGUGCAGAGGCCAGUCAGGGGUUGUAAAUGCUCUUUAGCCUGAGAGAUACCAUCGGCACCAUUCUUUCCUAACUGUCUUGAAACCCUCUGAUACACCAAGAGAAAAUUCAUCCAUUCUUGAUUUUGUGCUAUGCUUCCAGCCAAAUAUGGGUUCAAAAUCCCUAGGAUUAAUCAAGUAAUUUUUGUUAUUCCCUUGUCUGAAAUAAAAUGCAUGUGUCCCUCUGAA